GUUCGUGGAACAGGAAGUCUUAAGGUGUAAACCCUGGAUGCUACUUUGUUUCCAUGGAAAUACUUUAUGCUUGUAGCAACGCUUCUUGUCGUACAGUAGAUUUGAGUGUGAGAGUUGAGGAUGGCUGAGCUGGUGUUGGGUGUUGGUACAGGUGUAUUCAUCAUCGCUUUAAUCUGGAUUGUGACUCUCGCGCUCACCAUCAUUCUUUCGCGCGCAACCGGUGCAACAAAGUUAGGGAUCAUUCCUAUAUUUCUUCUGGCGCUCACCAUCUCACUGGUCCUAAUAUUUUUCCCUCGCGCCCCUGAAGUUCCCACCCCCGAAACAAAAAUUCAGAUUGUGGAUAUGUUCUUCAUUGGCCGGUACGUGCUCCUCUCCUUGGCAAGUGUGGUGUUUUUGGCAGGAUUGUUCAUGUUACUGCCCUUACAUUUCCUGGAGCCUGUAUACGCCAAGCCCCUGAGAACACACUAGACCUCCAGCCUUCAUGUGCCAAACUGCUACAGAUACCCCAAAGCGGGGCAGCCAUCCUGGCAGCACCAUCGAUGAACGGACACUGCUUGAGAUGAGAGAGACCAGCAGCAGGUUCCAGGGCUUUUGUCUUCCUCUCCAAAUCAGAGAUGUCCACAUCUCUCUGAGAGAUCAACAAAGAGGGGACUGAGUGAAGUGACGCAUUGGCAGCAUUUUCAAAAAGGCCUGGUUUGUCCAAUUUUAAGGGUUAGAUGUACAGUAACUGCAGAAUUGUUACAUGAGAUGCUGAUGUAGUACUAUUGAAUACCGCUCUUAUUUAUUCUUAUUUUAUAUAACCUUUUUCAGUCUUUUAAAAAUCUUUCUCGGGUGUUUUUUUUUUCUUUUUUCUUAUUUGUUUUGCAGUUUUGUUCCA